GGCUUGGCCCCACCCUCCACCUCGCUAGGAUCCGGGGCCGGACGGCCAGGGUAGAACCCGGCUGAGGCUGGGAGCCGCUGCUUUGGGGGCGGAAAGUCACGUGAGACUUCUUGGUCCUGUGGGUGGAGAGGAAAAGCUGCAGUUAAGGAGGGUCGGAUUUAACCGUCACAGGGAAGUGCGCUCAAACGGAAUCGCGGAGUGGGCUGAGAUAGUGAAUUCCUAAGAAGAAAAUAAUGGAUUUCAUAUUAGUUGUUCUCUGAGUGUUUGGACUCAGCAUUGUGCAGGAUUUUUGCAAAGGCCAAAAGAAGAUGGCAACUCCUUAUGUCCCAGUUCCUAUGCCCAUAGGGAACUCUGCUUCCAGUUUUGCAACCAACAGAAACCAAAGAAGUUCUUCUUUUGGGAGUAUCUCAACAAGCUCAAACUCUUCCAGAGGCCAGUUAGAGGACUCAAAUAUGGGUAAUUUUAAACAGACAAGUGUACCCGAUCAAAUGGAUAGUACUUCAUCUGUCUGUAGCAGUCCCCUCAUUAGGACUAAAUUUACAGGUGCAGAUUCUUCCAUUGAGUAUUCUGCUAGACCAAGAGAAAGUGAGGAACAAAAUCCUGAAACAGUAUAUUUGGAAGAUAGACCUUCUACACCUACUAUACUAGGUUAUGAAGUGAUGGAAGAAAGAGCUAAAUUUACUGUAUAUAAAAUACUAGUAAAGAAAACCCCAGAAGAAAGUUGGGUAGUUUUCAGAAGAUACACUGACUUCUCUAGACUUAAUGAUAAAUUAAAAGAGAUGUUUCCAGGCUUUCGAUUAGCACUUCCACCAAAACGCUGGUUCAAAGAUAAUUACAAUGCUGACUUUUUAGAAGAUAGACAACUAGGAUUACAAGCAUUUCUUCAAAAUUUAGUGGCUCACAAAGACAUUGCUAACUGCCUUGCAGUGAGAGAAUUUCUUUGUCUGGAUGAUCCACCAGGCCCAUUUGAUAGCCUAGAAGAAAGCAGGGCUUUCUGUGAAACUUUAGAAGAGACAAACUACCGUUUUCAAAAAGAACUACUUGAAAAACAGAAAGAGGUGGAAUCACUGAAGAAACUGCUAAAUGAAAAGCAACUUCGUAUAGAAACUCUAGAGAGCAGAAUCAGAACAUUGUCUUUAGAACCUGAAGAAUCACUGCACAUGUCAGAAACAGAAGGUGGACACAUCCCAAAGGUGGAGUCCUCCACACUUGAGGUUGAUCAAGAUGUUUUGCAUGAAGAAUCUAGAACUGAUGAUAAGCCAUGCUUAAGUUUUAGUGAACCUGAAAAUUCUGUAUCGGACAUAGAAGUUGCAGAAGUGGCAUACAAUGCAGAAGACUAAUACAUGACAAGCAGUUCCUUCCAUGUAUAUGUUUAAGCAAAUUUAGAAUAGAGUGGCAAAUAUUUAAAAAGAAAAAAGACUGAAGCAUUUACAGAAAACAGAAAGAUUGCACAUGUAUUAAAGUUUACAUAAAGAAAAGUUUUUUUAAGUUAUUGGGAUAGAAAUGUAUUCACUGCUGCUUUAAAUUGCCUUUUAUCCAACCUUUGUAUUUGAUACACUAAAAAAAAAAAAUCUAAUUAGAGUUCUGUUACCAAGACUCAAUUCUUAAAUAAUAUGCAUAAGUUAUUUUGGUAUUUUGCUAUAUAUUGCUCCAAACGAAUAUGUGUGUGAGCCCUCUUGUGUGUGGUGUACGUGUUUGUGUUUGUGUUUAAAAUGCCAAUUUUAUCAGUUAAAUGGACAUUAAAUGCAUGUUACUAUCUGGUUGAUAUAUACUUCUUUGUAUCUCUGACAUAAUGUAUUUUCAUUAGUGGUUUAAAUCAGUGGUAAAGAUGAAUUAAGUUUUAAAUAUUGACACGUUUACCAUUUGUAAAUAAAAAUUGCCUGUUUGCAAUGUUAUUGCUAUUUAAAAAAAAGAAAACUUUCUAAUACCAAAGGAAAACUAUUACAGAGAGCUAUAGUAACAUAUAAUAAUGUAGCUAAAGUGAUAAAAUAGCCUUGUUUUUAAAAGCUGAUUCAUUAUCAGAGUGCUAUAGUGUCUAGUUUAUUAUAAUAUGUUGUACUUGUUUAUUUUCCACAUAUCUUUAUCUCAAAUCUCUACCUGUAGAAUCAGUGAGUUGUCCUCUUUUGGAAUACUACCUCUUUUUGCUAAUCAAGGUAUACUCUUUUGAAAAUAAAGAUUCUAAGCAAAUAGAGAGUUAUACAAAAAAAUACAAAAUAAAAAGCCAUAUAUACUAUAAAGUUCCUUAACUACAUUGACUCCUGGGAUUGCAUUUUUAUUUCUGUAUAUGUGAAUAUGUUGCUAUAAUGUAUUAAGGCUGAUUUUCCUUUUAAUAUAUUUAGCCAAGUGAUGCACUUUAUGAUAAUUAAACUCCUUUGUGCCAAGUUUAA